UCUUCAUGUAAAGCAGGCCAUACACGCGGCAAUUUUAUUGCUUCAACAAAAGCUGCAGCAACUUACAAGCUGAAAUAUCACACAGAGCAAACCACAGACAGUAGUGCAGACAGCGUAGGGUGUACAGUACAUGACAAUGGACUGCAUGCUGGAGACACAAGACUUGGCAAUGAAUGGAGGGACGCCACCUGGAGCAUUGUAUUCCCACAUGACUGUGUAUAUAUGUCAUGAGAGGGGGAGGGCAAUCUCACUGGAAGCUACUCUCUACAUUGGAAUGAAUGCUUGGCAAGCUAAGUCACCAGUUUAAUCUUUUGUGCAUGUUUCACGUGUGUAUACAAUCAUGUACACAUCAAGGUAUGUGCAAUGGCUGCAGUGGAGAGAGCGUCUGCAUUACUGGUCAGUGGAACAAGGGUGUCUUCUUUGGUUUAUAAUGAGGCCUCAUACUAUAGUAAAGUAAAUAACAACAACCAUAUUUUAUACUUUGAGUGGCUGCUGAUACCAACCAUUUCCUCUAUU